AUUUUCCUCCAUUUCUUCCAUCUGUUGUUGAGCGCUGGUGUCAGAGAAGCGUCCCCGGGUCGUGACGCGAGGUUUUGGGGCAAACACCAGACACACAGCCCCCCCCCCCCUCCCCUGCUCUCCGCGGCGGGCUGAAUCUCGUCGGCAUGGACCCAGCAAGCCGCUACCAAGUGUUUCACAACGAGGAUGACUCUUCGGAGGCCUCCACCAGCGAGCAGCAGCCGGGCACUUCUGCCGCAGCCCAGGCCGGGACGUCCAGCCAGGACCACAGUUCGGCCCUGGUGAGCUCGGCCCCCUCCUCGUCUGCAGAGGAGGCAUCGGGAUCCAGGCCCCAGGGGGACACGGAGGCACCUCCGCCUCCGUACGCGUCCAUCGAACCGGGAGCAGCCGCUGCUGUGCCUGAGACUAGUUUCCGAGGCGACUUCCCAGUUCCACCGCCGUACAGCGUCGCCACCUCACUGCCCACGUAUGACGAAGCGGAGAAGGCCAAAGCAGCCGCCAUGGCUGUCUCCACUGUGGAGGUGCUUCCACGGGAUGAUGAAUUCCCGCCCAGAGAUGAUUUCACUGACGCCGAUCAGCUGCGAGUCGGAAACGAUGGAAUAUUCAUGCUGGCCUUUUUCAUGGCCUUCCUGUUCAACUGGAUCGGCUUCUGCCUGUCCUUCUGUUUGACCAACACCAUCGCCGGACGCUAUGGCGCCAUCUGCGGCUUCGGCCUCUCCCUCAUCAAGUGGAUUCUCAUCGUCAGGUUCUCCGACUACUUCACUGGCUACUUCAACGGACAGUACUGGCUCUGGUGGAUCUUCCUGCUGCUUGGUCUCCUGCUGUUCUUCAGAGGUUUUGUCAACUACCUAAAAGUCCGCAACAUGUCCGAGAACAUGGCCACCUCCCACAGAACGCGCCUCUUCUUCCUCUACUAAAGGUUUCCUCACCAUCACCAUUCCUUUUGUCAAUGUGAUGUUCCUUCCCUCGCCCUCGAAUGACCUGACUGAGGAACCCUGCAGUGAAGAGAGGAGACGGGAAGGAAAGGAGGGAAGGAAGCGUUACCAGUCUCAUCAAACCAAUAACACGACUCACUGUGACGUCGCCACUGGUGAACCGAGCCCAAACAAAUACUUCUUUUGACGAUAGCUUAUCUCCCUGGGCUCGGUAUUUCUGUUUUUCAUUUUUCUUUGAUUCACACAGGAGCACGAGGGCUCAUGAUCUUAGCCGACACUUGUGGUAAAGACAAAUGUUCCGAAAUCAGAUUUUAACAGUUUAACAUUUACUCAGAAACACCAAAUGAAAGCACAAUGAAAAAAAAUGUUUCUUAAAUGUAUGCCUCUCUACCCCUGGACAACAAAAUGAAAGUAGACGCCCCAAAGCAAAAUGGAGGAUUUUCAUCUUAAGGGCAAAACGUACAAGUAACUUCAGACUCGCCCAGGCCUCAUCAAUUUUUUUUAUAAACAAACGUUUAAAUCAAGACUCUGGUGGAACAUUUUCAUCUAUAAUCUCAGAGUCAUUGAACAAUAAUACAACAACAGAGGCCUGCCGCAAAAAAUCUGGAUUUACUUCUGUACUGGUCGACUCUCUGUUUGAAUCAAAGAAAAAAAAUGAAAGGAAUAUUAACAAAUGUUCAACUGCCAAAAUCAUCUGUUCAUGAUCAUGUUAUAGUAACAAAAGAAAUAAUUAUUCUUCACCUUUUUGGAGGGUGUCGGUUCAGUUGCAGUCUCCACCUGUAAAACAUCACAAACCGCCUGUUAAGUCUUUAUCCGGGAACUCCCGCAGCCAAUCGGGCGAAAGCUCCUCGGAUGAAUCUGUGUUUGUCAGGCCCAGUUUUAAAGAGUCUUAUGCAAUUUAGUGACCUACAUUAAUAUACGUCCUGUGAUGAGGACAUAGAUUCAGUCGAACAGUGAAGUCAUGAGAGAAGUCACGACAUCAGGUUCGGCCCCCGAGGGACGUGGUCGCUAACGCUUCGAUGAAGCCGAGGUGCUGACUGAACAAGUAUGACCUGUACACCAGAGGACAAUGCAGUGCAAUAAAAAACGAUAGAAAACACGUCCUGCAUGAUUUAGAGAAAAACCAGCACCUGGAUCUCUCUGGGAUUUUUCGGCUUUUAAAGAUUAGAUUUGAACUUUUCUUCCCUUUUCUUUUCGCAGCGUGAGAAGCUUAUGGUGAUGUGACGUAGCUCCCGUUGUCAAGGCGGGCGGACAAAUAACUGCUUUUUAAUCGCGCGAUCGGAAAACUGACGAGUUCUGUACGUCGUGAAUACGGAGCCUGAUCAUGCUCUUUUUUUUAUUGUUAUUACUACUUUCAUCAUCUAGAAAAUGAGAUGUAUAUACCAGCUUAUGCCAAUUCAUAAUAUUUGCACUUUGAAGAACUUCUGUACAGUAUGAUUAUGUGAAUCUGCUUAACUUGCGUUGGGGUAGAAAAAGAAUACAAGAGUUAUCUUAGCCGUCCAACUGGAAUUCUUAAUCGUCCCAAAUGGAUCAUUUGCCUUUUUGCACUUUUUAUUUUUCUAAACAUAAAAAUGGAAAAAAAAAGAUAAUAUUGUUAUUGUGUGUCUUGUUUCAUCGCUUUCAGCCUAAACUGUGACAGCUCGAGUUUUGCCAAACCCCUAGUUUCUUCUUUUUCUUCUUUGACUCUGGUCAUAUCAAGCUCUGCGGCACGAUGCAUCAACGGCUAACGUUGGGAUUAAUCUCGUACAAAAAUCCAUUUGUUUGUUUGUUAAUAAAUGAGACGGCGGCGGUGCAAAAAAGUAAUCCAUGUAAACAUCUUCUGAAGCAGUUGUCAUGCACUUUCUGUACAUUAUAACUGGAAUUUAGUGACAGAUCAUGUCUUGUCAAAAUGCCAAUAAAGUUCAAAAGCCUGCCAGUUAA